GUGGAGCGGUUCAGCAGCAGUAAAGCAGAUGGAACGUCAAAGGGUGCACGUGGAGUGGAGCGAUCCCCUGUGCACUCAGCGCUGCGAGAAAAAAACGUCUGCUUCCCUGAGAGGGCUGUCAGCCCCUGUGCCAGGCUGCCCAGGGAGCUGGGGGAGUGCCCAGGCCUGGAGAGAUGCCAAGGUCUUGGAGCUGAGGUGCUGAGGGCCGUGGGUUAGUGGUGGCCGUGGCAGGGGGAGGGGAGGGCUUGGACUCCAGGAGCUCAUAGGGCUUUUCCAACCCAAAUGACUCAGUGGUUCUAAUGGUACGUUGGCGUUGAGGAGUCUGUUCCCAAUAUCAGUGACACCUUUGUGCCAGGCAGGAGGCAGCCGUGAUGCCCAGGGAGCCCUUGGGGCUUCUCCCCCUUCCUGGGCCCCAGGGAGCCCCACUGUGAUGUCAGAGUCCUCUGCCCACAGCCCUGUGGUUAGGGUGACGAGGGAAGGAACACUCAGAUGCCAUUUGGCAGUUACCCGGGGCAGUCGCUCCUGGAGAGCUGCUUUGGCCUGACCAGGCAACGACUGGGAGUGAGGAGGGAAGCGUGAGCAGGCAGCCUACCUCUGCCCAGAGAUGCCAAGAAGAAGGGCAACCACGGCAAGACGCCAACGGGUUGUCUGCAAUCUGGAGGAGGAAGCAGUGGAGCCAACCCCCUGCCAGCAGAGCAGUACGGUCUGUGUAGAGCCAGAUGUCAGCUUGCCACCAGCUGCCGGCUCAGACACUGCUCGAGCGCAGCCCGAGGCAGGGCACCACAAAGGCCGAGACGUUGGAGGGAUGAUCUUCAGCCUGGCCUGCACACUGGCAGUCUGCCUGUGGAACCGGCUGCAGCACUCGCACACCUUUGCUAGGCUGAAGACAUCCCUGGAGAACAAGAGGUUCAGGGCAGCCCUGGAAAACAAGUUCUUGUUGGUGCUCGUACUGCUUCUGGUUGUCGUUUACUGCGGGACCUUGCUGUCAGCGUGGAGGAUGCAGGCAAAGGCAGGCACAGAGGAAGACGACCAGGGAGCAUUGAAGAUGGCUUUGGAAGGCAACAUGAGGAAGUCUGAGUGGGCCCUGAAAAGCUUGGAUGCCACUGUUGACAUGACGAGAACUUCCCAGACCUACAAGUGCGGGUGGAACUGGGUCUUCAAUGCUUUGCUGAACAGAAGGUGCACUGAGGAUGGGCCCAAUACCAUCUUGCAGAUGGACGUCUCCCUGGGCAAGCGCUGGUGCUUCCAUGGGCGUUCUGGCCAGGUGGUCAUCAGGCUGCCAGCCCGAGUCCACCUGACUGCCAUCGCUGUGCAGCACGUCGCUGAGGAAGGCUUGCUGUUUGUGGCUGCCAGCAGUGCUCCCAGAUCCAUGGCUGUCUAUGGACUGGAUGCUGAUGGAGAUGAGGGAACUUGUCUCGGUUUUUUCACGUACGAUGUGGAAAAAGAAGCCAUUCAGCCCUUGCCUCUGAAGAACACGCUGCACCCCAGAGCCUUUUCUUACAUCAAAGUGCUUGUACUGGACAACUGGGGAAACUCAGAGUACACCUGCUUUUGUCGAGUGUGGGUCCACGGGAAGAUGGCAAAACCGGAGAGCCCGUUGUGAAAGCAGAGAGUCCAAAUGUUGUUGGGUUUGGGGGAGACAUUUUUUCUUUUUUGAUGGUCUGCAGUAGUCCCUAGUGGUUGUUGAAAAGGUGUCUUGCAGGUGUCUUGAGCCCUUUCCGUGAACUCUCAGUUCCUUCUUCCAAGUACGGUCUUUGUCUUAGGUCCCCUGUUUGUAGAGCUCUCGGGUUUCUUAUCUUGGUCUUGUUGGGUCACCUGCACACCCUUCCCCUGGCUCUGAGUUGGGCCCCCCUCCGUCUCAGGCCGGGCCAACCUGGCACCUCUGCGACUACUGUUUGAGAAGGGAAGUCUGCAACCCCUGCAAAGCAUGGAGUGUGCCAGUGGCUCUGAAACGCCCUCACAGCCCCGGGAGGACCCCACAGUGGAGGCCCCGCGCCGUGUGUGGAGGCUGCUGGAGCCGGCCGUGCUGGGCCGGGGGCCGGCCGCGGAGCAGACCCACGCGGGAGCCGGCUCUGAGGCGCUGCAGCCCUCGGGACGGACAUAUGUCUGGCUGACGUGUGAGGAACCCAGUGCUGGGGCAGGGGAACUGUGAGGAGCCCCCUGCGCGGAGGUGAGACAAGAGGCAGGAGCCAUCAGGGAAGGACUGACUGCAAGUCCCUUUCCCUGCCUCCCUGUGCUGCUGAGGGCAGCAGGGAAGCAGAGCUACGGGGACCAAGUGUCUGAGACCAGGAAGAGAGGAUGGAUGGGGGAAAGACUGUCUGAAGGGACUGAUCCUGCUCUUCCUCAUCAUCCUCCUUUGUUUUGCGUCUGUUAAUUACUUUUUUGGUUGGUGGCC